AUGUGUUCACAGAUGACAAGCUCAAUCGCUCACCAUAGUGCACAAGACGAGUGGAAUGCCAUUAAGAAAAAUGAAGAACAGGUGCAAGAGAAAAUUGAAGAAUAUUUGGAAACUUAUCAACGAUCCGGUGCCGCUGGUCUACCCGAUUUAAAUCAGCCAUCGCAGCCAAAAAAGAAAAAAUAUCCAAAGAAGAAAAAAUCAAAAAAACGAAAACGUUCUGAUAAUUCAGACAUUGACGAAGCACAAAUACCCAUCAUUGAAGUCGAAACAGCUAUGACCACAAGAAGUCAAGCGGCUGGAAACAACGAUGAGUUCAACUGCCCACCAUCAAAAAUCUCGACAUUAUCGGUCAUCACCCCCAACAUAACAACGGCACAACAGAAACAAUUACAAUCAAGAAAAGCGAAGAAAAUUCGUGCACCAGCUCAAGAACUCGUCUCCAUCGAAUUAACUGAAGUGAACGAAAAAAUCGUCAGCUUAAUUCAGUUGAAAAAUAUGGGUUUAGCGACUGACGAGACGAAGAAAAACUUGAAAAAAUUAUUUGUUGAACGAAAGAAAAAGUCAAAUGAACUCAAACGCUUAAAAGCAGAACAAAUACGAAAAUCAAAAUUUCGUCAAAAGAAGAAGCAAAUUGUCGAGCAAUUGUGCGAGAAAAAUCCGGAGAUUGCUGGUGAAUUAAGCAAAAUUUAUCGAACGACGAUUGGGCGGCCACCUAUCGAAGAACAAUGUCCAGAUCUGCUGCAAAUUAUCGAGGAAAUAGCCAAGUGUGGUGGUGCAAGUGAUGAUAAGCGGCGAUCGGAACAGAUACGACCAUGUUUGACAUUAGAUGAUUUAAGAGAGAAAAUUAAACAACGUGGCUAUGAUAUUAAACGAUCGACAUUGUAUUAUAGAUUAUUACCACGCCGUCCAACAUCCAUUGAUGGUCGUCGUCAUGUUCGUACGGUACCCGUUCGCCUUCGUCGUGCUCAAAACAACGAUCAUGGAAAGCACGAAGACGGCCAUUUUGCGACAGCCACCAUUCGUUACAUCAAAGAUCUGGCCGGUAUAUUUGGCAACGAUGUCGUGUUUUUCCUAUCACAAGAUGAUAAAUGUAAAGUGCCCAUUGGAUUGCCAGCUGCCAAAAUUCAAGCGCCAAUGCUAAUGCAUUUGGAUUAUGCUGUUAAAUUACCUGAUCACGAUUGGACCGUUGCACCGAGACAUCAGUUGACACCAUCGGUUUAUGCCGCAUGCGUCAUUAAUCCGGAUGGUGAUGUCGGUUAUUCGGGACCGACGUACAUUGCCGUUAGAUCAGCAAAACACGAUCGUUCUGAUGCACAAUCGCAUGCGAAAGAUUUCGAUACACUCGUGCAGUUGAAAGAAUUCGAAAAAGUUUGCAGAGAUUUCAAUGGAAAUUUAAAACCAAUUGUUAUUGUUACUGUUGAUGGUGGCCCAGAUGAAAAUCCUCGUUUUCCCAAAACAUUAAUGGCUGCUAUCCGAAAAUUUCGUCGAUAUAAUUUGGAUGCUCUGUUCAUAUUGACUCAUGCUCCGGGACAAUCAGCGUACAAUGUUGUUGAACGACGAAUGGCACCAUUAUCACACGAUUUAGCCGGUCUCAUUUUGCCACAUGAUCAUUUCGGCACACAUUUGAAUGAUAGUGGAUUGACGAUUAACACCGAGUUAGAAAAGACAAAUUUUAAAAAAGCAGGUGAAGUGUUGGCAGAAGUAUGGCGAGGAUCGGUAAUCGACGAAUAUCCAGUGGUAGCUGAAUAUAUUGAUCCGCCAGCAACUACGGACAAUGAACGACGAAUGGUUGAUGUCACAUUUGUUAUGGAUAGUCUGCUGAAAGCCAUCUGUUCGGAAGAGGAAGCGGAAGAAGGACAUGAAUUUCGCAUUCACGCCUCAGAUGAAUAUUAUCAAGAAAAGGCGCGUGUUCGACAAACAAUGAAUGAUGAGGAACCAAUAAUGCAAAAUGGAAAAGAAUAUCCAAAAUAUGACAUUGACGAAUACUGGUGUGCUACUCACGUUCUACAAACACAGUACACGAUACAAAUUGUUCGAUGUAAUAACGUCUUGUGUUGUGGAAAAUGGCGAUCAAAUUAUGUACAAAUAUUCCCACAUCGUUUCUUGCCACCACCAGUGGCAUUUGAACGAACACCAUACGGUAUCCAAAUGGCUGAUAAAGAUUCGUUGAAAAACCAAUUUUAUGGUUCACUGUUCCACCGUAUACAAUUUCAUGGCGUUGUUAUUAAUCAUACAAAGAAUGACAUGUUACCAUUUGACUAUUGUUGUUCGUCGGUUAAAAAAGAACUGAAAAAACGUAUUUGUAAAAUAUGUAAACAAUAUAUUCCAUCGGCAUAUAGAAUGAAACAACACUAUAAAAUACAUCAACAAUAUCAACAAGAUUCAGAUGAAGAAGGAGGUGCAGAUGAUUUAUCUGAUUUGAUGGCUACGAGUGAAAAACAAGCCACCGAAGCGAGUAUACCGGAAGGUGCCGUCGUCUUCAACGAUAUGUUAGACUGGUUAAAAUCUGAUUUUGAAGAAUUAGAUUUAGAACAAAAGGCAUUACAAAAUUCAAAAACGACAUCGAAACGAGAUAAAUCAUCGGUCAAACAACCCUCUAGCUCGACGAAACAGUGGACAGGUGAACAACUGUCACAGUUAAAGUUGAAUGGGAAUGGCCCAUAUGAUGAGGAAGACGAACAACAGGAGGCGGAAUGUGGUGAAGAAGUAAAUGACGAUGAUGAUAUUGAUGCUGAAUGGGCAAAAGUGGAUAUUUAA